AUGUAUGAACGAAUUUUUGCAAAUAUUGAGCUGUCGGUAAUGGAACAGCAAAUGAAGAAUUUAAUAGCCAAACAAAAGGAGAUGAAGUUGUAUGUCAAGGAAGAAUUUAAAAAGAUACAAUUGAGAAUGGAAAAAGAAGUCAUGGAUGCUCAACAAGAUGGAAAUACAACAACCGUUCAAACAAUUGAGAAAAUUGUUGAUCUCACUAAUGUACAUAUCAAAUUAAUCGAGGAUGGAAUUGAUAAGGAUGUCAACAUGCUUUCAGAAGAAGUCAAAUUAUUAAAAGUUCUCAAAUACGAAAAAGAUUAUUGGAAAGAAUUGGAAUUGAAGAUGGUAGUUGGAGAAAAUGAAAUUGUGGAAAUCGAUGUUUUCAAUCAGGAUUUGGAGAGUAAUUUCGAAAAAUCUAAAGAAGAAUUUGAUAAUUUUAUGAAAGAAAUUAGAAAAAUGAUUGACCGCCUGGCAUUUACUGAAAUUACCGAGCUAUUGACGAGUUGUGUGUAUUAG